UCCUGUCGACACCGAAGAGGACGAAAGUGACUUGACAGUGAAAAUGCGUGCCUUCCAAGUAAUGAUCUUUGUCGCGGCGUGUGCUGCAGCCAACGCGGGCUAUAUCGGUGGUUAUGGCGGCGGCUACGGCGGCGGUCUCUCCGGCUAUGGGGGCUAUUAUCCUGCACAAGCAGACUACGGCCACAGUCAGGACUACUAUUCACACCCAAAAUAUUCAUUUGACUACUCUGUAGCUGACCCUCACACCGGCGACCACAAGACACAAUGGGAGAGUCGGGAUGGUGACGUCGUUAAGGGUGCGUAUUCCCUCGCUGAGCCUGAUGGCACCACUCGCAUCGUUGAGUACACUGCUGACAAACACAACGGGUUCAACGCUGUCGUCAAACGUAUCGGCCACGCUCAACACCCGCAACACUACAGCGCUCACGGCGGCUCUGGUUAUUACUCCCACUACUAGAUGGCGCUCAAAUCAUACUAGCUUCGAAGUUCCGACGCUACCCAAUAGAUGACACUAUUUCAGUAUGAUCAAUAGCUCGAAAACAUUCUGAAAACCAGUGUCAGACUGUGAUAUUAUCUUCGAUCUAUUAUUUAUAUAGCUUCUUAAAUAUGCUUCACAACGUAGUUAUCUCAAAGGUAAUUAUUAAAAUAGUUUGUAAGGUUUAUAACUUAACGACAAAUCGUUGAUUGUUUUGAUACUGUGAGAUGUGAAAUAAAGAAAAUAUUUCUCAG